GGCGGAGCCCGCUGUGUCGCCGCUCGGCAGAGAAAGGAACCGUGAGCCGCCUCUUCCCGAGCCGCGCUCGCUUGUCUUUCUCUGCGCUGCAGCAUGGGGCCCCUGCCGCGGACCGUGGAGCUCUUCUACGAUGUGCUGUCCCCCUACUCCUGGCUGAGUUUCGAGAUGCUGUGCCGGUAUAAGUACAUCUGGAACAUCCACCUACAGUUGCGUCCGAGCUUAAUCGCAGGGAUCUUGAAAGACAGUGGAAACAAGACACCACUUCUGCUUCCCCGCAAAGCCAAAUACUUCAAAAAUGAGACUAGACUCCUGGGACAGCAUAUCCAGGUUCCCAUCCAGUUACCCAAGAAUAUGUUUUCUGUGAUCCUUGAAAAAGGAAGUCUGUUGGCCAUGCGCUUCCUCACUGCCGUGAACUUGGAGCAGCCAGACAUGCUGGAGAAAGUGUCCAGGGAACUAUGGAUGCGUAUCUGGUCUCGGGAUGAAGACAUCACGGAGCCCCAGAGCAUCCUGGCAGCUGCAGAGAAUGCUGGCAUGUCUGCAGAACAAGCCCGGGGACUUCUGGAAAAGACCUCAACACCACAGGUGAAGAACCAGCUCAGGGAGACCACAGAGGCAGCCUGCAAAUAUGGGGCCUUUGGGCUGCCCAUCACCGUGGUCCACCUGGGUGGACAGACCCACAUGCUAUUUGGCUCUGACCGGAUGGAGUUGCUGGCGCACCUACUGAGAGAGAAAUGGAUGGGUCCUGUGCCUCCAGCUGUGAGUGCCAGACUUUAAGAAUGCCCAGAGGAAGCAAAACCUUUGGUCUGAAACAGCAGAGCUUCUGCUAACCCUUCCUCCACUGUGGGACACUGGGACUCUGGCUUCCCCACGGAUGGGGGUUCCUCACAAGUGCCUUUACAGAGCCCCAAACUCUGCUUUUCCCACAAAAUAAACCUAAUGCCGUUAAGCGUA